GGCAGUUUAGGAUUGCUUCUCUCCUGAAAGGCGCGGUUCCGCUUGAGGUCUAAAUUACAAUAUAAAACAUAAAGUAUUCUGUCAUUAAAUUGGACCAAUUAUCGCCCGGGUGCGCCGUGGAGACUCUUUCGGCGGGCAAAAGGUUAUGUGAUCUUAUGGAGGUGCUCGCUGCCUGUUCUAUCUGAAUCAUCUUACUGGAGACCAGGACAGACAGGGGGACUGUCUCUAACACCUUCGCUCCUGCUCUGGACAAAGUGUCUAUAAUAAAUACCUUUCGCCUCAGUAAAGAGCCAAGAUGAUUAACUCAGAGUUCCCUGUUCUGCAGGACUCGUCUAACGAGUCUGGUCAGGGAGACACAGUGAGUCUGAGCCUCAGUGUUAGUGAGCUGGAUGACACUGGAGAGGGAAAAGGCAAGAAGAAGAGAGGAAGGCCAGGGAGACCACCGCAGGCGUCCAAUAAGAAGGCCCGCAAGUCUCCAGUUGACAAGGGGGGCAGGAGGCCCAAUGGCAUGGCCCAGCAAAAUGGAGAAGGAGGAGACCCCACCACGCUGUUUGAAGUGGUCAAACUGGGCAAGAGUGCCAUGCAGUCAGUUGUUGAUGACUGGAUCGAGUCGUACAAGCAGGACAGAGACAUGGCUCUUCUGGAUCUUAUCAACUUUUUCAUUCAGUGCUCUGGAUGUAAAGGUACUGUAAGAAUUGAGAUGUUUAGAAACAUGCAGAAUGCAGAAAUUAUCAGGAAGAUGACAGAGGAGUUUGAUGAGGAUAGUGGCGACUACCCGCUCACGAUAGCCGGCCCGCAGUGGAAGAAGUUCCGCUACAACUUCUGCGAAUUCAUCGGCGUUCUGAUCCGCCAGUGCCAGUACAGCAUCAUCUAUGACGAGUAUAUGAUGGACACAGUCAUUUCCCUCCUCACCGGCCUUUCAGACUCACAGGUCCGAGCCUUCAGACAUACCAGCACCCUGGCAGCUAUGAAGCUGAUGACGGCCCUGGUGAACGUAGCAUUGAACCUGAGCAUCAACCAGGACAACACACAGAGACAGUACGAGGCUGAGCGCAACAAGGUCGCCGGGAAGAGAGCCACAGACAAGCUGGAACUGCUGCUGGAGAAGAGGAAGGAGCUUCAAGAGAACCAAGAUGAAAUUGAGAAUAUGAUGAACUCCAUCUUCAAGGGAAUUUUCGUUCACCGCUACAGAGAUGCCAUUGCUGAGAUUAGAGCUAUCUGCAUUGAGGAGAUCGGCGUGUGGAUGAAGCUGUACAGCGACGCCUUCCUUAAUGACAGCUAUCUGAAAUACGUGGGCUGGACGUUACAUGAUAGGCAAGGAGAAGUCCGACUUAAGUGCCUCAAGGCACUUCAGACACUGUACACAAACAGAGGGCUCUUCCCCAAGCUGGAGCUCUUCACUAACCGCUUUAAGGACCGCAUUGUGUCUAUGACUCUAGAUAAAGAGUAUGACGUGGCGGUGGAGGCCAUCCGGCUAGUGACUCUGAUACUGCAUGGCAGUGAGGAUGCUCUCUCUAACGAAGACUGUGAAAACGUCUAUCACCUGGUCUACUCCGCCCAUCGGCCUGUGGCAGUGGCAGCAGGAGAGUUCCUCCACAGGAAGCUGUUCAGUCGGCACGACCCCCAGGCAGAGGAGGCUCUUGCUAAGCGGCGGGGCAGGAACAGCCCUAAUGGCAACCUCAUCAGGAUGCUGGUGCUUUUCUUCCUGGAGAGUGAGCUGCACGAGCACGCAGCGUAUCUGGUGGACAGCCUGUGGGACAGCUCUCAGGAGCUGCUGAAGGACUGGGACUGCAUGAUCGAGCUACUGCUAGAGGAGCCAGUACAGGGAGAGGAAGUGCUGGGAGACAGACAUGAGAGCGCUCUGAUCGAACUCAUGGUCUGCACCAUCAGGCAGGCAGCCGAGGCUCACCCACCUGUCGGCCGAGGAACGGGGAAGCGCGUUCUCACUGCCAAAGAAAAGAAGACCCAGGUUGACGAUAAGAAUAAACUGACUGAGCACUUCAUCAUUGCUCUGCCUAUGCUGCUGUCAAAGUAUCAAGCAGAUGCUGAGAAAGUGGCCAACCUCCUGCAGAUCCCUCAGUACUUUGACCUGGAGGUCUACAGUUCUGGACGAAUGGAGAAGCACUUGGAUGCUCUGCUGAAGCAGAUCCGGGUGGUGGUGGAGAAACACACAGAGACGGAGGUCCUGGAGGCCUGCAGUAAGACUUACAGCAUCCUGUGCAGUGAAGAGUAUACCAUCAUGAACCGUGUGGACAUCGCCCGCAGCCAGCUCAUCGACGAGCUCACGGAUCGUUUCAACCACUCUGUGGAGGACCUUCUGCAGGAGGGGGAUGAGGCUGAUGAUGAUGACAUUUACAGUGUACUCUCGUCCCUAAAGAAACUCACUGCUUUUCAUAAUGCUCACGACCUCACAAAGUGGGACCUGUUUAAGAACUGCUACCGGUUACUGAAAAUGGGAAUAGAACAAGGGUCCAUGCCAGAGCAGAUUGCUGUCCAGGCACUACAGUGUUCACAUUACUCAAUCCUGUGGCAGCUGGUCCGAAUCACAGAGGGCUCUCCAUCCAAGGAUGACCUUGUUGCUCUAAGAAGAGUUGUGAAGUCGUUCCUUGCUGUGUGCCAGCAGUGCCUGUCAAAUGUGAACACUCCUGUGAAAGAGCAGGCAUUCAUGUUGCUGUGUGACUUGCUGAUGAUCUUCAGCCACCAGCUGACCACAGGGAGCAGAGAAGCCCUGCAGCCGUUAGUCUUCAAUCCAGACAACACCCUGCAGAGCGAGCUCCUCAGCUUUGUGCUAGACCACGUCUUCAUUGACCAGGACGACGAGAACCAGAGCAUGGAGGGUGAUGAGGAAGAUGAAGCCAAUAAAAUUGAGGCUUUACACAAAAGGAGGAACCUUCUUGCUGCUUUCAGCAAGCUCAUCAUAUACGACAUUGUGGACAUGCCUGCGGCAGCUGACAUCUUUAAACACUAUAUGAAGUACUACAAUGACUAUGGCGACAUCAUCAAGGAGACCCUGAGCAAGACCAGACAGACGGAUAAGAUCCAGUGUGCCAAAACACUUAUACUCAGUUUGCAACAGCUCUUUAAUGAGCUUGUGCAGGAUCAGGGGCCCAACCUGGAUCGAACCUCUUCCCAUGUGAGUGGCAUUAAAGAGCUGGCCCGCCGCUUCGCUCUCACCUUUGGACUGGACCAGAUCAAAACCAGGGAGGCAGUAGCAACGUUGCACAAGGAUGGAAUUGACUUUGCCUUCAAGUUUCCAAACCCCAAAGGAGCAGAGUACCCUCCCCCAAACCUGGCUUUUCUGGAAGUGCUCUGCGAGUUCUCUUCCAAACUUCUCCGGCAGGAUAAAAAGACUGUACAUUCAUACUUGGAGAAGUUCAUGACCGAGUACAUGAUGGAGCGGAGAGAGGAUGUAUGGUUGCCACUGAUCGCCUACAGGAACUCUCUACUAACGGGAGGAGAUGAAGACCGCAUGUCUGUUACGACGGGCAGCACCACCAGCAGAGCCAGCACAGUGCGCAGCAAGAGGGGCCGACCGCCACUGCACAAGAAACGUACAGACGCAGAUGAAAGUGUGGACGGCUCGUGGGUGAUACGCAACGACACCAUUCAGACUCCUGGAGGUUUGCAGACACCGCAGCUCACAUCCACAGUGCUAAGGGAGAACCCGCGACAAGCAGCAGAACAUAUCCCAGAGCAAGACUCCUCAGAACCAGGCUCUGAACCCGACUACAUUCACAAUCCACAGAUGCAGAUGUCAUGGCUCGACCAGCAGAAGAUGGAAGAGGUGAACAGGAAAGAGAGAGGCGGCAUGAACUACAUGAAGGCGCGAAGCGGCGGCGUAAGGCAACAAGUACGUGGCUUAAUGGAAGAUGACGCAGAGCCCAUCUUUGAGGAUGUGAUGAUGUCAUCGCGUGGUCAGUUGGAGGACAUGAAUGAGGAGUUUGAAGACACCAUGGUGAUAGAUCUGCCUCCAUCAAGAAACAGACGAGAGAGAGCUGAACUCAGACCAGACUUUUUUGACUCCACAGCAAUUAUAGAAGAUGAUUCUGGAUUUGGUAUGCAAAUGUUUUGAAGCAGAGAGCAGAUUCUGUGGGGGAAUCACAACCAGCAAUGUCAUUUCUCCAAUCAAGCAGCACCGUGUUUUGAGAAUCACAUGUUCAACAUUAUUUUCAAGCAAAA